AAUUUUAUAUUAAAUGGUAGGUAGUAUAAUUAGUAUUAAGUAAACAGUCACAGAGUAUAUUAUAUAAUAUUAAACAGUAUUUACUAAACACACUAAUAAAAGAUACUAGUAGUAAAGUAAUAUAAACAUGGGCCUUCACAAUUUAAUAUUAUUAAUUGUUUGAUGUUUCUUCUAUUGCUUAUUAAGCCUGAAAGACCUAAGCUGUUUGAAAUUUUAAAAUAUUUCUACUUAAGUACCUACAAUGAUAGCGCGGCCGUGGACAGAUGAUUUACCAAAGUGUAGGAACACCUGUGUAGCUUCAUAUUUCUCUCAAGUUGGUGGGAGUUCAGGGUCUUCUGAAGAUUACCUUUGCUUCUACUGCCAAACAGAAGACAAUUCGUGUCUCUAUGGAGUAUUUGAACCACACAAUGGCAUGGAAGCGGCCAGGUUUAUUAUGCAAAGAGUGGCAGCAGAGUUGCUGCUACCCCCACCAUCUAUUAGCAAUACUGAUGAUGAAAUAAGAGAAAGACUCAGAAAUGCAUUUCUAUCAGUUGAGAAGGCCUACACAGAAAACUAUGAUGGAAUGAUUGCUGAGAGAACCAGCUUACAAUACCAGCUACAGACAUUAAAUGAAACACAGAUAUCACAGAACUGUGACAAUAUAUUGCACCGUUUGAAAGAGAUUGAUCAACAUUUGUCUGGCGGUGCCACAGUGGUGUUGGCCCUUGUCCACAACAACAAAUUGUUUGUGGCUAAUGUUGGAGAGACCAGAGCCUUGCUGUGCAAAACUGAUGAUAACUCAGUGUUACGGGUUGUACAACUGACGGUUGACCACAGUUUAAAUAAUGAGGAUGAGUUGUUGAGGCUUUCACAGUUGGGAUUGGAUGUGAAUAAGUUGAGAAAUGUACAGUACCUCGGUAAUCAAACAGGCACCAGAUGUCUGGGUAACUAUCUGGUGAAAGGACUGUACAAGGCAUUCCCCAGUAUAAGUUCUGCUGCUGCCGAGCCGGUUGUGGCUGCUCCGGAGAUACAUGGACCCAUUGAUCUUGAUCAGUCUUGCAGGUUUUUAGUUCUCGUAAGUGCAGGGGUAUACAGAAGGAUACAAGAAGUGAGAGGCAGCUAUGAAGAGGCAAACAAACAAUUAGCACAGAAAAUUGUCGAGAACUUUCGUAAACAAUCCGAUUUUAGACGGGUCUCCCAAUCCGUUUUAGAAGAAAUAGAAGAUGAGUUCAUGUCUUACUGUGUCCAAAAUAACCUCACGCCAAAACCAAACACCCAUAUAACCUUGCUUAUUCGAAAUUUUAAUUUUCUCCCGCCAGUUUCGAAUGACAGCUGUCAAAAGAAUCAAUCAGUCAGAUUCAACCCGAUAGUGCAGGCCAAGUCGAAUACGAUGAUCCACGAGAUCGAUUCGGAGUUAUCGUCAAACGAUUGCGAAUCGAUUGUCGAUACAAAUCGUUCGAUUGAAUCGACAUCCGAUAUUUAUCCGAACCGGCCGUAUGAGAAGGAUAGGAGGAUCAAGGGCUAUGUUGAUUUCUCUUGUUAUUACGAGAAUGUCGCAAAAGCUAGAAAGAAUGGGACUUUGCCUAGUUUUAUAAAAUAAUUUAAAUGAAGUAUUCAGUCAUUGUGAAGUCUGAUUGCGUUCAACAGGGUUAAUACCAUAUUGGUAAUAUGCAAAUCAUCUUGUAAAUAUCGUAAAAUAUGUACGAUGUUACAUUAUAUUAUGUUCCAACACUGCAUCCUAUUUUACAUAAUUUAUGUUAAUGUAAAUAUUUUUUUACAUAAACUUGCAUAAAAUUGCUGAUAUAAUUAUUUUUCCAAAGAUUUAUACUAUUUGUAAAUAAAUAUUAUAUAAUAAAUCGAAA